UGUUUUGUUGACAUUUAACGUAACCUCAAACCAAAGAGUAUCAUUUUCAAAUAUGUAAAAUAUAAGUUCCACAAUCAGAAUGCUAAAUCCAGCUUCGAAACUUUAAGCCCAAAAAUGAAAUUAAGGGAGAAAAAUUAUUGUUCUUUCUAAAAUUUACACAAAUGUUUCAUUUUAUGCGUAAAUCCAAAGUGCUGUGCUGAAAUGCCUUUCCUACACUACAACAAGAAACUCCUAAUUUUAAUUGUGCUCUUCGUACUGUUAUGGAUUUGUUUUUAUUCUGAACCUUCCUAUAACUUCUCUAGCAUUUUUAUCUAUUUUUACAAAUCUAAUUCUAUAAAAUGCUACAGAUAUAAAGGCGAAACGUUGCCUGAAAUUUCCUCGGUUGAUGUAAGGCAAGGAAAGUCGAUUUUUUUUCAUGAAACAUCAUGUAAUUCGUAUAUAAAUGGAAAAAUAGUCAUAGCAGCUAGAGAGGCAUGUGCAGUGGAAUCGGCAGCUUUGUUGCACCCUAAUUUAGAUGUGUACUUACUAUUUACAUCGCCAGGAGUUUUUAAGUUUGAAGGUACCGAAUCGGAUCGGUUCUUGAAAUCUUUGAUGAGCUAUGAAAAUGUUAAAAUUCUCCAUUUGGACUAUGAAAAGUAUACGAAAGGUACACCUUUGGAAGAUUUAUAUGAGAGUGGUAGAAUUGAAGCGAGUCAAUAUGCUAUGUCUCAUGCCAGCGAUGUCUUGAGAUAUUUAACCUUGUGGAAAUAUGGCGGUAUUUACCUUGAUCUUGAUGUAGUUGUUAUCAAAAAUUUAGAAUCGCUUCCACCUAAUUUCUCCGGAUGUGAAUCUAUGGAGAAUGUUGCGGCUGGUGUGAUGGGUUUCGAAUCCAAUAGUAGUGGAACAGGGCAUAAUUUGGCGCACGAAUGCGUUAUGGAUUUGAAGGACCAUUUCAGUGGUACCAUAUGGGGAAACAACGGACCUGGUGUUAUUACCAGGUUGGUUAAAAAACAUUGCAAGGUGAACAAAAUCAAGGAUGCCAUGGGAAAGGUCUGUAAUGGUUUCAAAAUAUUCCCCCCUCAAACCUUCUACCCUAUACCAUGGCCCUCAUGGGAACAGUAUUUUAGGGAAAAAUCUCUAUCUAAAGUUAUGAAUGCGACCUUGAAUAGCUAUGUUAUACAUGUUUGGAAUAAACAUAGUUCUUCUUUGCAUUUACCAUUAGAUUCUAAAAGUGCUUACACAAUGUUUGCAAAGAAAUUCUGUCCAAAGGUUUAUAAAGAAUGUGAUGCAUUCUUUUGAAGCAAAACAAACAUUUAGAUCAGACUUGAGUUAUUUUUUAAGACUCUUUAAUAAUUUUGUAUAUUUCGUCACUAAGAAUUAUAAUAUAUGUAUAUUUGAUUUAGUAGGUAAUCAAUUAAUAAGGUACAUUAAUUAAGUGCUAUUUUUCCUGUGUAACACUUACAAUUUUUAUACAUUGAUAGGAAUAUCAAAUUUGAACAAAUGAUUGAAAUGAUCAGUUUAUAUCGAUUGUGAAAUGAUAACUUAUUCAUGGGGAAUUAGGGAUAUUUCCCGUUAGUUUCGAACUGACUGAAUAUUUGUUUUCUUUUCCUAAUAAAAUUGAAGUAUCAUAAUUCUAGGUCUCAUUGGUAAUGUUCAUACUAACUUGAAAAAAAAUUUAUAUUUUAAUAAAUAAUAAAAAUCG